AUGAAGAGCUCAAUGGCUGUGUGGGGUUUAUCACUCUUCUACCUGUGUGUGGCUGAGGUCCUGCAGCUGGAGCAACAAGCAGAAGACACGAAUAGCACUGAGAAUCCCAGCAUUGAACCAGCUUGUCCCUGUGCUGGUGACAUCACAGGGAGCCAGAAAAACUAUAACCAACUUUUUUGCAUCCUAAGAGAAAUGGAGGCCAAACUGAAAAACACUGAGAAACGUCUAGAGGAUCUGAGAAGGGAGGUUCAAGGUAAGCAGGUGGCAUUUGGAGCAUCCAUUGGCAAUGUUGGAAAUAUUGGACCCUUCAACACUGAGAUCACACUGACCUACAAGAAUGUCUACUCAAACACAGGCGCAUACAACCCGUCAACAGGUAUUUUCACUGCUCCAGUCAAAGGAGUCUAUUACUUCAGCUUCUCUGGACAUAAUUUGUCAUCUAGACCAAUGGGGCUGCGACUGAUGAAGAAUGGAGUGCAGAUGGUUACUGUGUUCAAUCAUGCAGCUGGAAGCCGUUAUGAGACGGCAACCAAUGGCAUGACUCUAAAACUUGAAGUGGGAGACCAGGUGUACAUGAGACUGCGGCAAAACACCUGGAUUUUGGAUAAUGUCAAUAGCCACAGCACCUUCAUUGGCCAUUUGUUAUUCGCUUGCUAAGUGAAAUAAACUUCAAAUAAGCUUUAAAGAAGAGAAACAGGGCAGUGAGUAAGGGCAAUAUCUUCAGCCGCCGGACUCAAAUCAAUGCUAUGAGUAAGACAGGAUAUACAAUUUCCCCAUCAAUAUUGUGUAAAUUGAAAAAUUUAUAUUCACUGAUAUUAUGCUUGCUUUUAUAAGGUAAUUUAAUAAGCUAACUGAACUAAACAAUCCCAUAAUUUUAACUCAAAUGCAAAACCCUAAUUUGCAAUUUUACUUUUUAAGUUCACUUAUAAUUCACUUGUAUCAUUUGCGAAUUUGGAAAUUAAAAUGCCAAGUCAAAUCCAAAUUCAUCGUUAUCUAAGUCACAGUGAAGUUAAACUUCAGAGUACACUGUAAAAAUAUUUGUUGACAAGGGUUUUAGCACAAAUGGUAAUUUUCAACUAAAAAGGAUUUUUAUUUUAAUACUGGCAGUUCUGAACUUCCAUACUUUUAUAAAUAGUGUUUUGAGAAAUACACUUACUCACCUUCUUGCCAAGGUCAAGAGUUGAAUUAAAAGAUUGAUAAUACUCUCAUGUUCUGCAAGACAUACGAUGAAGGAAGACUUUCUUGCGUCUACUUUUUCUCACUGGGGAAACCCAUUCUCACUGCUGGGACCAGACUGAGUGUGGGUGUUGUCAGCUGUGACACU